UUUUAAAUUUUACAGUUCACUCUGUACUCUGUAGUCUUGUUUAUGUUUUUCAGCUUUUGAGUUUUGUUAUUGUAAGCAAUCUUUUGUUAGGCAGCAUCAAGCCUGCCAAUUCUUUUUAGCUUUUGAAGAUAUCCUUAUCCAUUAUAAAACUGUGACGUGGUGUUGUUUCAGUUUUCAAGGAUCUUUCCGUUUUCCGCUUCUAAUAUGACAGUAUCCUUGAAAUCCAGAUAUUACUGAAUAAGAUGAUUCAGCACGGCAAGCGUUUUCUGGCGGCUCUGUUUUCGUCCCUUCGACGCGAACCCGUUCAAGUGCGCCAUUACCGCGAAACUCCUAUAGACAGAAUCCGGACAAGACAUUUUGGAUUCGAAAAUCACAUUAAAUAUCAUAUUGGUGGCUUUCUACCGCGCAUUAAACCCACUCCGGAACUGAAGCCGAUCUCUGGGACACGAACAAAAUUCAAGAAUUCAUGGGCUCUUCAUCGCGCAGCUUUCGGGCAGAACGAUUAUAUCGACAUUCUUGGGGAUGGAACGCUGCAUCCGCGCGAUCUUCUUAAGGGUCCUGUGUGGCUCAAAGGAUUUCGAGGCUCAGAAAUGCAGCGAUUAAUUCGCCGGCGAAACUACGGUUUGCAUUGGAUGCCAAUGGUGUAUCCUGAAAAGUGGACUAAUUUGCUAAAACAGCUCAGGUAUCUGGAUCGAUAUCAUAACUUCAAACAGAAUCACAAGGACUGGAAAAAUCGUUAUGAAGCGAAAGCUCAUAAAUGGGACAUCAUGCCGAGAUUCGUGAACAAGCGAAUAAUGAGAUGAAGCAGACUUAGAGAACGGGACGUAAUUAUUGUACGAAGUUCUCCUAUUAAAUCAGCUGAACUUACCGUUCUUCUCAGCCAGUUUAACGUGGAUCCAUCUUUGCUGUGCUGCUUUUGAGUGUUUUAGCUGUUGUUGCAAAUUAAACUGAGCCAUGGUUUGCCGUGAAUAGAGUGGCUGGCAAGUGGCCAUUCCGUUAACUGUGCAAACGAUGAAAAGAAAUUUUGUGUCUCGACCUUUCAAUAAUUGUACGUAAGACCAUUUUUGUCGGAUGUGUUGUGUAAUUAAAUUAGAUCG